UCCAAGUCGACACAUUUCAAUGUGAAAUCUGAUGAAAUCCAUUUUCUUCUUCUUCUUGGCUCUAUUAAACCUCAAGAUUUCAUCCAUUAAACUUCUCUCCUCUUCUGCUUUUUCAAAUUGAGCUUCCCAUUUUGUAUUUAUUUAUUGCUUUAAGGUGCUGCCACAAUUCUCCAUUUCUGGUGAUAUCAGCAAGAUUGAGUUUUUUUUUUUCUCGUCCUCCUCUCUGAUAGCCUUUUCGAUUUAUGGCGGCGGGGACAAUGGCGACCGCCGCCGGAGCGGCGGUGGUUUUGUACAUUUUGAGUCGGAGACUGAUGGCUAAGGGCAGGGAAGAAGCCGAUCAGAAUGGGGAUUUGUCAAAAUUAAGAUUGGGGAGGAGGAUCUCUCGCAGGCCAGCUCAAGCACCGGUGACUUGGCUUGAAACAAUAACUACGCUGUCGGAGACGCUUAGAUUCACUUAUUCUGAGACUUUAGGCAAAUGGCCGAUUGGAGAUUUGGCUUUUGGUAUCAAUUACCUCAUGCGGAGGCAGGGUAAUUUGCAAGUUGCAAGUGUAUAUGCUGGUAGUAAUUGUGUACAGCUAAAAGGCCCUGAAAUUAUAACAGAAUUGAAUAACCUGUUGAGAUUACUAACCCUUUGCAUAUUCUUCUCCAAGAAGCCCUUUCCAGUGUUUUUGGAGUCUACGGGAUAUUGUCUGGGCGAUGUUCUUCUUCAGAAGCCUAAAGCAGGGCUUCUGAAGCCAGCAUUUACAAUUAUACAUGAUAAAGGUUCAAAAUGUUUUCUUCUAUUAAUUCGUGGUACUCAUAGCAUCAAAGACACAUUAACAGCAGCAACUGGUGCUGUGGUUCCUUUUCAUCAUUCAGUUUUACAUGAUGGUGGGGUAAGCAAUUUAGUUUUAGGAUAUGCACACUGUGGAAUGGUCGCUGCAGCUCGUUGGAUUGCUAAGCUUUGCGCUCCUUGCCUGCUUAAGGCCCUUGAUGAACAUCCUGACCACAAUGUCAAGGUUGUUGGGCAUUCACUUGGUGGUGGUACUGCUGCAUUAUUAACAUAUAUUCUUCGGGAACAGAAGGAGUUCUCUUCUAGCGUCUGUGUUGCAUUUGCCCCAGCUGCUUGUAUGACAUGGGAUUUAGCAGAAUCAGGGAAGCACUUUAUUACUACCGUAAUCAAUGGAUCUGAUCUGGUGCCUACAUUUUCAGCUGCUUCAGUUGAUAACCUUCGCUCUGAAGUAACAGCAUCAUCUUGGUUAAAUGAUUUGCGGGAUCAGAUUGAGCAUACUAGGGUCCUAAAUGUUGUUUAUCGUUCUGCAACUGCUCUGGGAUCUCAUCUACCAUCUAUGGCUAGUGCCAAAGCCAGAGUUGCGGGUGCAGGUGCACUUCUGCGUCCUGUUUCUAGCAGCACUCAGGUUGUGAUGCAGCGAGCUCAAAAUGUGGCCCAAGCUGUUGUUAGAACUCCUUCAUCUUUAUCAUCAUGGCUAUGCAUAGGUCCACGACGUCGUCCUGUGGGUCAAUCAGCACACUCUAAAGUUGAUGAUAUGCCAGAAGCUUUUGUAGUAUCUGAAAGUUCUGAAACUAUUAUAACUGAAGUCCAAACAAAAGACUCUGUGCAUACCAAACUAGGACAUGAUUCAAGCAGUGAAUCAGGGCAUGAUGAUACUGAGGAAGACGAGCCUCUUAUUUCUAAUGAUAGAGUCAUGAAUUCAUCUACUGUUGAAGAUGUUACUGAAGGUGAGCUGUGGUAUGAACUGGAGAAGGAGCUUCAGAGGCAAGUGAGUGAAGCUGAUAUUGAGGCCCAGGCAGAAGAAGCUGCUGCAGCAAAAGAAAUUACUGAAGAAGAGAUUGUUCUAGCCAACGCAGCUGAAACCACAAGUCCCAUCACUUCGGCAGAUGUCUCAGAUAGCAACCAGUUUUAUCCACCUGGUAGAAUCAUGCAUAUUGUUUCCUUCCCUUCUUCCAGCACCGCUGAUAUAGAUGAUGAUGGAGGACCCAAUGAACAUGUGGGUAUAUACGAGACUCCUAGAGAACUGUACAGUAAGAUCCGCCUUUCAAGGACCAUGAUUAAUGAUCAUUAUAUGCCAAUGUAUAAGAAGAUGAUGGAAUUGUUAAUCAGAGAACUGGAAAACAAUGAGGAUUUUAAUUGUCCUAUGUUGCAAGACUAGAUAUAGAAAUAAAAAAGAAGAGUAUAUUUCCAUAUUUUCA